CAGCUCCCGAGAAACCCAAUAUCCUACCAAUUCGCUAUCCCGAAUGACCCAACAAAAGAAGACCAUUGCCGUCGUGAACGCGACCGGUCGCCAAGCCGCGUCCCUCAUCCGGGUCGCUUCCGCUGUCGGACAUCAAGUGCGCGCCCAGAUCCAUUCCCUGAAAGGCGUCAUCGCAGAGGAACUCCAAGAUCUCCCCAAUGUCACCCUCUUCCAAGGCCCCCUGUUGAAUAAUGUUCCCCUCAUGGAUACCCUUUUCCAGGGCGCCAAUAUCGCCUUCAUUAAUACCACCUCCCAAUCGGGCGAUGAAGUCGCCAUUGGUCGCGCCUUAGCUGAUGCCGCCAACCGAGCGGGGUCCAUCCAGCACUACAUCUACAGCAGUAUGCCCGAUCACUCUGUUUACGGUCCUUGGCCUCCCGUGCCUCUCUGGGCCCCCAAGUUCACCGUCGAGAACUAUAUCCGCCAACUAGGCCUCCCGUCGACCUUUGUCUUCACCGGAAUCUACAACAACAACUUCACCAGUCUCCCUUACCCGCUCUUCCAGAUGGAGCUCAUGCCCGACGGCAGCUUCGAGUGGCACGCGCCUUUUGACCCGGAUACUCCGCUGCCCUGGCUAGACGCUGAGCACGAUGUUGGCCCCGCGCUGCUGCAGAUUUUCAAGGAUGGACCCAAGAAGUGGAACGGCCAUCGGAUCGCGCUCACAUUCGAGACCCUCUCUCCGAACCAAGUCUGUUCAGCCUUCUCGCGCGCCCUCAAUCGCCGUUGCAAGUACGUCCACGUCCCCCAGGUCGAAAUCAAGGUCAACAUUCCAGCUGGAUACCGGGAACAACUAGAGGCGAUCGAAGUGGUAUUCGGGCAGCACAAUGCACCCUACUUCCCACUGCCCGAAUUCUCCCGUCCUGCCGCAGGAUCUCCCAAGGGGUUAGGCCCAGCCAAUGGCAAGGGCGCGGGCGCGGGAAUGAUGCAGGGUCCCGGAGGCGUCGUCUCGCAACGUGUCACAGACGAAGCCCGGCACCUAUGGUCGGGCUGGCGUGACAUGGAAGAAUAUGCACGCGAGGUAUUCCCCGUGGAGGAGGAAGCCAACGGACUCGACUGGAUGCUUUGAAGAUACACCAGCAAGUGGAAGUUUCAGAUUCCCUUGGGAGGCGGCAACCCAAGAAGGAUAACUGUUCAAGGGGAGGGCAAAAGUUUAAGUCGGUGAGCGGAAGGCAAGCUCUUUAUCCGUGCUUUGAUACGAACCGUCGAGUGCGAUUGGCCCGAUAGGGAGAUUGCAUCUACCUGUUAUCGGAGACUUCCCCGACACUACUUCUUAGUUUACUAUCCUGCACUGCGCGGGGGGAGAGGGGGGGUCCUCCACUAUCUUUUCCCCUCGCUCCCACACCGCACCAUCCAACAUCUUCACUCGCUAUCGGGCCCAACAUCUCUUUUUUAAAUCGCGCAAUCUCUCAUGCAUUACUGGCGAAUUCGGUUGGGUCUUAUCUUUGGAGCGAAAACUAACCCAGAAAAAAAAAAAAAAAGAAAACAAUUCGAUACCACGAAUCAGAAGAAAAGAGGAACAACGUCGGUCUAUCUUGG